GGAAACUUUUGACUCAUACGCCAAAACUCAAACUAUAGACAUCACAUCCAUCACACCGACAGCACUUGAACAAUACCUGUAUACAUUAUCACCACUCUUUUAGCCUCCAAACAUAAUGAAGCGCGUCCAUGUGGAUAACUACGCCCCAAAGUACUUCAGCGGCAAGUGGUCGUGGGAUGCGGAUAAAGACUGCCUCCACUUCCAGGCGCACAACGAUCUCGAGAACGCUCGGGAGCGCUACAUAACCACCAACGGAUACAAGUUCCUACGCACCAUGGACCAGGAGGAGGAGCUCAUCUUUCGGCAGGAAUAUGUGCGACCGAAAAGCAAUAACAGCGACGUUGUGGUGCUGGCAGAUAUCAGAAAUUUGGUACUCUACUUGAUGCCACCAGAAUUUCUGUCCUACAAGUUUAUUGAAUUCAUGCACGAGCGGGAGGUGCUCCACGUUAUCCACUCCCUGAUCAUAUACUUCGAGUACUACCUACGCCUUGUGGAGUUUGUGCUCAUUCGUCGCGAUGAACUCUCUGGUCAGAUGGGCCAAGUCCAGAGCGAGCAGACCAAUGAUAUGAAGCGAACCUUCUCCGUUUACCUCAGCCAGUACCGCAUGCUCGUGGCCCGCAACUACUGCCUCAUCAUCGGCGGCGAGCGCAAUUUGGCCAAGUACUAUCACAUGAAGCCGAUCUCGAAUAUCUCAGCCACGAUCCACGAUAAGUACUUCCAUGAGCAGUUCUUGGCUGUGGCCAUCCAAAUAGUCUGGAUCUGCAUGCAUCGCAGGGCCUAUUAUAUCAUCGAAAUGGAGAUGAAUCGCCUGUUCCGCUCGGAGCACUUUGUUUCCGCCCGUCCUGAGUACCUCAACUUCACGGAGGCGGAGCGCAGUCUUCUCUACGGCAGAAACAAGAAGAACUGGAAUUACCGCGUUCAGGAAUCGCCACUUGUCCAGGAGUUGAAACUCGUUCCGGCCGAGGAUCUGCCCAUACUGUGGAUUGGGGAUCGCAAGUACAGGGGCUCCGACAGACGCAUUGCCGAGAUGGAGCUGGAGUACAUUGUGCCCGGAUCACAGCUCCAACUGAUUGAUAUUUCCCACGGCAUCCUCGGACAUCCUAAGAAUCUGUACAACACUCUUCUCUACCUUGAUUGGCCGGCCGUGCGGUUCUCAAACUUUUCCGAACAGUACGAUCCCUACCAUAUUAUCAGGCGACCUCUCCUGGAAAUUCCCAAGAUAGGUGAACUUCAGAUGCGCAAGAUGAGCGAGAACUAUGAGCACUUCUACAAGCUAAGUCGAAUCUAUGACACGUGCACCCAUUAUCAAAUUUGUCAUUGGGUCAAACGAGAUAUCAACAUUAAGUUCUUUCGCUCGGGAGGUCUGCUUACGAAUGUAGUGUCGCGAUGUGAAAAGGAGCUGGCAAGCACAUCUACGGGCCCAAGGGUUGACCUGAUCAUAUCGAACUACUUUAAGGCCAUGUCCAAAAUACGCAAAGAUAAGAAAGAUUUUGAUAAGGAUAGCACUUCAAACACUCCUCUUGGUAGUGCUUCCUCGCGAUUUAGUGUUAAGAGGUCAAAAAAAGGCUCAAUAUCGGCGGCGUCACACAGAUCUCUUUCAGACAAAUUCGGAUCCAAUUUGUAGUGAUAUAAAUACGUAAGAAUUUGUUUGGAAGAGACUUCAAUG